ACUGUCGUCCCCCUGACUAUUUCCGUUUCCGUCUUGAGGAAUACGCUGUGAAACAAGCACGUUUACGCAAAAUGAUAAAAUCUUCUAAUAACAUUAAAACGCGUGGAUCUUCUGCAAACUUGUUAUGUCAUAAAAAUGUGAAAGAAAAAAUAGGCAAAUUAGGUUUGAAAUCGGCGACACUGAAUAAGAGAACAAAACAAAAUGUGAGUAGAAAUGUUGAGGCUACCCAGAUAAUUAAGGAUUCGAAGAAAAUUAAAAGAAAAGAAAAAAAUAUGAAAUUAAGUGAAUAUAUCGUUGAAAAGGUGGCUGUUACGAACACACUUCAGAAAAAAAAUAUUCGUACAUUCGAAAAUGUCAGUUUUACAGUAUCUAAGAACCACGUGGACAACAACGCAGAUCUAGCAUCACCGAACGAAAAAAACGAUAAAAUGACAAGGCAUGGAUUAAAACGAAAACGUUUGCUUAACGACUCCACAGAGAGUAACAAAAAUAACGUUUCAACUGAAAAUAUAAUUGAAAAGACUAUUAAUCCGAGAUUGACAUUGCGAAAACGGAGGAAAGUAAAUAACAAUAAACAAAGUACAGAUAGUUUAAACUUGAAUGAAUUAUCGAAGGAGCAUAUACUACAGUGCAUUAGUGCUAUCUUUCAUCUGACUGAGGAACAACUAAAAACUAAAAAUGCUUUGUUUGAAGGGGAGUCUCAUCCGGUGUUUAUUCAAGUUACUUGCAUAAGAGUACCAAAAUCACCAAGGAGACACAUGAGGAUAUUAUUACCAUAUUCAAUACUUAUACCAGAUGAUGACAUUGCACUUUUUGUCUGUGAUUUGCAAAGAGGUAGAAGAAAAGAUUAUGAGCCCACUGUAGAACAUUAUAAAGAAUUAUUAGGUAAACAUGGUUGUACAAACAUAAAACAUAUAAUACCGUUGAAUCAAGUGAAAACAGAGUAUGAUCAAUAUGAAUUAAAGAGAAAACUUGUUGGUAGCUAUGAUCAUUUUUUGGUAGAUGGAAAAAUUGCUGGUCAUUUAUCCCAUUUGUUAGGGAAACAAUUUUAUAAGAAACGAAAGUUACCAACAUCUAUCAGAAUGCAAAGUAAAGAUCUAAAGCAUGAAAUAGAAUAUGCUUUAAAAAAGACUUCGAUGCAGUUGCAUUCCUAUGGUGAUACUCAUAUUGUUCAGAUUGGAAAUACAUACAUGAAUGUGGAAGAAAUUUUAGAAAAUGUGUUGGCAGUGUGUAAUCACUUAUCUAAGCAUUAUCCAGGGGGUUGGACAAACAUUCGUUCUCUUCGUAUUAAAACAACCAGAAGCGUUGCUCUUCCUAUCUAUACAACAUUAAGAAGCAAAAAUUCUAUUAAAAUACCAGCAGUUCAACCCAAGAGACCAAAAGCAUAUUGUGAUGUGACAGGUGAAUUAAGUACUCUCUAUGGUGGUAAUAUGGUAACUGUUACUCCAGAAGGAGAAGUCACUGUGAAAAAAGAAAAGGGGAAGAUUAAGAAUGAGUAGUGCUGAUAAAUAAAAGAAUGUAAUCAUUUUUGUAUUACUUCAUUAAAUCUAAUAAAUAAAGUU